AUGUCGAGGAUCAGCCUGCCUAUCAAAAAGUUAAACGACAAGACCAAAAAUUGGACGACAUUAAUACAGGUCGUGGAAAGAACCCAUGUGAACACAAGCAAAAAUGAUUCAUCAGUCCUGUACCGUAGAUUUUUAUUUACUGAUGAAGAGGGCACUAAGGUUUCCGCAGUUGCCUAUAACCACGUCAUUAAUCAAUUCACGGAUAUGCUCCUCCCGUACAAAAGAUACUACUUAACAGGAAUUGCUCCUCCGGAGAAAGCUUCAUUUAAAGUAGGCGACUAUGAUUACAAUUGGCUCCUCGUGAAUGGCACUUAUGCAGAGGACUUUAUGGAAAGUAUACCACCACAGUUUCCAUGCCAUAUUGAACUUCAUAGGUUCGAAGACUUGCACAAAUUUGCAGACACCGGACAUUUGAAGAAAUUACAGGCCUACUUUGGCGUUGUUGUUCAUGCUCUACCUGUGAAAAAGUCUGGAGAAAACAACACAUCACGAGAUCUGGUCAUAAUUAAUGAAGUGAAAAAACCAUUGUUGCUAACAUUAUGGAAUCAAUUUGAGACGCAAGAGGGUCAGCAACUCGAAACUUCAAUGUCGGCAGGCAACAUUCUUUUGACUAUGAGAGUUAAAGCUUAUCCUUAUCAACAGAAGUCGGACACUUGCUUACUAAUCAAUCCACCAAUGGCAGCAACAGUUGAUUUGAAACAAUGGUACAUUGACAACAAGGACGAUGUAGCACGCCUUGUAAGUGAGGAGGCAUAUAAAAACACCAAUUUCCUAUUUCCGCCUCCCAAACAUUCGGACAUUAUCAGCAUUCAAAAUGCACUGAGAACGAUCAAGAAUAUCAAGACUUGCUGGAUUAGUGGCCGACUUGACUUUGUUGUAGGAAAUCGAGCGUUAUGGUACACUGCAUGCAACAACUGCCACAAAACUUACAAUGUGCCCCAUGAUACUGCCAUCAAAUGUAGGGGUUGUCAAAAAGAGGCAUACAUCGAAGCAAGGUGUCGUAUACCCAUAGCAAUCAAUGAUGGUACCGGCAUUGUAAAUGUCAUUGCCUAUGGUGAAGAUGCAGAAAAAUUAAUUCCAUUCAACGGCAUCCAAAUGGAAAAGAUUUAA